AUCCUCUGAAUGCUCUAGGUCUCUAGUUUGUGACAAACUUGUUCUGAGCUUCAUCUUCAUCCUCUGUCUUCAUCGCUCUGCAGUGUAUCCAUUCUAUCUCCAUUCUGCAUCAGUAACUCUUGUUUCGUGGACACCAUGGCUCAGUGAGAUUUUACCGACUUAAUAUUUCCCUCAUUACUCGAGUGCCAUGCAGCGUCCAAAUGGCUACUCCAUCAACUCGGCCCCUUCGGAGGAGAGCGAGGACGGUGAACCCCUCAUCGAGAAUGAUGCAGGUGUGUUUGUUGUGAUUGUAGCACUCCCUCCCCGGUGCUGCUCGGCUCGCUUCAACCUGGCCUUCCUGAUGUUCCUCGGGUUCUCUGUGGUCUACGGUCUCCGUGUUAACCUCAGUGUUGCCAUGGUAGCCAUGGUGAAUACCACUGACCCCAGACCAGCCCAGAACAGCUCCGUAAUCAGAGCCUGUCCACUGCCAGCAGGGUCGGGAAACACCAGUGACCCUUUCCUACAACCUGAGGGGAUCCCCCAGUACCCGUGGGACUCGGAGACUCAGGGCUGGCUGCUGGGAGCCUUCUUCUUCGGCUACUUGUGCACACAGAUCCCAGGAGGCUACCUGUCCGGUCACUACGGGGGGAGUAUCUUCCUGGGUUUGGGUGUGCUGGGCACUGCUGCCCUCACGCUGCUCACCCCUCUGGCUGCCAGGAUGGGGUCAUACUGGCUGUUUGCACUACGAGCGCUGGAGGGCUUUGGGGAGGGUGUUACGUUCCCUGCCAAAAUGUCCAUGUGGGCUCGGUGGGCUCCUCCUAUGGAGCGCUCUCGCCUGAUGACCCUGUCGGGAUCUGGGACCGACUUUGGGAACUUUUUGUCUCUGCCGCUCACCGGCUACAUCUGCCAAACCUUAGGCUGGCCGGCUGUCUUCUACCUCUGUGGCGGUGCUGGUUGCCUCUGGGCAGUCUUUUGGUUUAUUUUUGUAUCAGAUGACCCUCGCACCCACCGUCGAAUCAGCAAAGAGGAGAGAGAUUACAUCGUAAACUCCAUCGGACCUCAGGGUACAGGUCACGGCUGGUCCUUGCCCCUGCUGCCCAUGCUGCUGUCGGGCCCUCUGUGGGCCAUCAUCGUCACCCAGAUCUUUUCAAACUAUUCCUACUACACCCUGCUCACCUCGCUGCCCACCUACAUGGACAACAUCCUGCACUUUGACCUCAAAUCAAAUGGUUUCCUCUCUGCUCUGCCGUACCUCGGUUCCUGGUUGUUCUCGAUGCUGUCUGGUGUCGCGGCGGACAGCCUCAUCGAAAGGAAGGUGUUCAGCACCACCGUCGUACGCAAGCUCUUCACACUCAUAGGUGCGUUGCCACCGGCAGCUUUCCUCGUGGCUGUGAAUUACGUCGGCUGCAGCCACAUCCUCACCGUCACUUUCCUCACAAUCUCCACAACCAUAGGAGGGGCCACCGCCGCCGGAGUCGACAUGAACCAUAUAGACAUCGCUCCUCGGUAUGCAGGAUUCCUUCUGGGAAUCACCAACACAUUUGGGACCAUUCCUGGAGUCGUGGCACCCAUUGUUACAGGAUACUUUACUAAGGAUCACACCCUGGAAGGCUGGAGUAAGGUGUUCUGGUUGGCAGCUGGGAUCAACGUCCUCAGUGCUCUCAUCUACACAAUAUUCGGCAGCGGGAAGAUCCAGCCGUGGGCCGUCACCGGGGAGGAGAGAGCAGAAGCUGAGAAAGACAGGAGCGGGUCCAUCUCCACAUGAAACAUGUUACAGAAAUAUUCACACCAAUACAUCCGACAAACACCGACAAAAGUGGCCGAUGUCGUACAGCUUUGAGUUUUUAUCAAUAAUAUUGUACACUCAGGUGAACAUUUCAACUGAUUUGAACAAUACUUCCAGCAAAGAGAUUAUAUGAAGGAUUAUAGAGCAGUUUUAUGUAUAAUCACCUGAUGAUAAGAAUAGUUGUGUUUUCUUUAGCUUAGAAUGAGCCGUUUAUAUCUACAUAGGGAGCGGGUCCUCUCUAGAGUCCACCAUGUUGCACCGCCAUGUUUCUACAGUAGC